AUGGGAAAGUUUUGUCCUUCAAGUGGAACACCUAUCUUCCUAAAAAUCCAAGUCAGCAAACCUCCAUAUCCAAUUACACAACCUUUAGAAAUGCAUUCACUUAACAAAACAAAUCUAUGUGCAAUGUUAUACAACAAUUUGUGUAAAGGGGAUAGUGCAUUAUGGCUGACCUUCCCUCGUUUUUCAGUGAUCCCUAAAAAUUUCCAGACAUCCUUUUCAUCUAUUUCAAAGAAAAUGGCCAGUUUCUCCACAGAAGAAACAGAUUCUGUCUCUAAGGAGAUCAACUUUAACAAGGAGGAGGGGAAAAUUGUGGUGGAAUUGAAGUUAAAGGUUGUUUACAUUCCUGUUAAUUCUCCUUCAUCAGUCCCAAAACAAUCAGAGGAAGGAUCUCCACCUCAUGAAGAUUCAAAUGAACAGGCUUCAUUGGCGUCAACUAUAAGUGUGUAA